CAGCAGGUAGGAUGGAUUGAUAUGAAAGUGUCAGAGAUACCAGUUAAAGACCCGUUCCCAACUCCAAGGAGUGGUCAUCGUUUAGUCGCAGUUCAAGACAAACUUGUGCUUUUCGGUGGCUACACACAUAGACCUAUUACUGGAGGAGAAAUUAAGAAGGAAGUGUGGUGCUACAAUGUCAAUCCUGGAUCUUGGAAACUUCUAUACACAUCGGAAGAAAACUUCCCUGCUUCAACAGCUUCCUGUGCUGUUAUAUCACAUGGCACCAAAAUUUUCGUUUUUGGAGGAUCCGGGGUGAGUUUUGGUUUUUCAAAUAGUGAUAAGCUUCACAUCUUAGAUUUGGUGACUCUCAAAUGGGAAGUUAUAACGUUCAAUGGAAACGUUAUUGAAGGUGGCUAUGGUCAAAGUAUUUCAAUAUCAAGUGAUGGGCAUCUGUAUAUUUAUGGUGGCUGUGACGGGUUUCAUUACUUCAAUACCAUGAAUAAGAUAUCCAUGGAUACUUGGCACAAUUCAACUUAUUACAGAAAUGACUUUCUUGGUCGAUACAGGCAUGAAUCUGUUGAUCAUAAUGGGAUGAUAAUGAUCUUUGGAGGAGGAUGUCCUCAACCAACCGAAGAUUUAGGAACAAUACCAUUUUUCUGCACCAAAACGAACAGCUGGAAAGUUAUGAAAGCAAAGUCAGGUCAUAACCCUCCGGGUAGAGUGGCUCACUCCUGCAACAAAAUAGGUAAUUUCAUCGUUGUAACCGGAGGACAAGCCCAAAUAGAGACUCCAGCAGUAGGCACUCAAAAUUUUGCUCUCAGUGAUAUCUGGUUUCUAGAUCUUGUAUCUUACAUGUGGACACCUGUAAAGGCUACUCUUCCCAAAGGCAUAUUCUUUCACUCAGGAGCAGUUGGUGGAGACAACUGUUUGUACACCUUUGGAGGGUCUACUUACAAUACACAGGGGUCUGUAGACCGGCUAAAUGUUUUGUAUAAAGUUAAUAUCUUUGUUCCUCCAUUAGUUGAAUUAGCUUGGAAAGUAUUUCAUCAGAACUUUAAGCACAUACCAAGGUUAACCAUGGUUAAUCUUGGGGUACCGAUUUAUCUUGUUCACAGGGUUUAA